AUGUCGUUUCUAGGUCUGGGCGGUAAAAAGGAACAGGCGCAGCAGCAACCACAGCUGUCGCCAGAUCAAGCCCAAAUUGUCAGCCAAAUCAAAUCUGAUAUCUCGCAAGAAAUCGCAACUAACUACGCAACUGCCCUUGUGAACUCUCUCUCGGACAACUGCUUCGAGAGGUGUAUCUCUCUCCCGACAGCAUCCUUCUCCAAGGACAACGAAAAGUGCGUUACCGACUGCACGGGGAAGUUCAUGAGGUCCUGGAACAUCAUCUCCCAGGCUUACGUUUCCAGAAUCAACCAAAAGUAG